AUGGCAAUCUACCAAACCAUCGAUCACUCCAAGUCAUUCCAAGGGCAAGCGCCUUGGGUGCAAGCCCCACCUCUUGGGAAUACAGUACUGCCCGCUCCCGGGAAGCAUACUGCGACCAUUAUCCUCCUGCACGGAUUUGCCAAUAGCGGAGCUGCUUGGGUACCAAUUGCAAAACAUUUGCAAACCUCCCAACCCCACAUAAAAUUCAUUUUACCCAACGCAUCUAUUAUCAAGGUUCAUGUUCCUAUCGCAGGAGCUCCUGGUGAAGCCGAGCUCCCUGCAUGGUGGGAUCCUCUUCUCGCCGGUGGGCUGCGGGAACGUUGGAGUGGGAGGGAUACGCCAAUCGGGGACGUUGAGGGGUUCAAAGACGCCUCCGGGAAAGUUGAGAAGAUUAUCGAGGAAGAGUCGAGGCUUGUUGGGCCUGGGAGAGUCUUUCUGGGAGGAUUGUCGCAGGGCACUGUCUUGAGUCUAGCGGUCGGAUUAGAGAAUGAUAAGAUUGGUGGCAUUAUUGCUUUAUCUUCGUCUCUUUCAGUGCCAGAUUCUCUCAAGUCAAUUGGAACACCACAACCUUCGACGCUUAAGAAGGCUAUCUUCUGGGCUCACGGGGCAACUCAAUCUGUCGACUAUCUUGUUAACCAUGUUGGGUUCAAGAAGAUUUCAAGAUAUGAUGCACCGACGGCUGGGACUAUUACAUGGAGCUCGUAUGAAGGAUUGAAACACGAGACGAAUAUCGAAGAGCUUGAGGAUAUCCAGAACUGGUGA